AUGCCAAUGAAUGCAUCAUUUUCUUUGAUUUACAGUGUCUGUGAUGUCAACAUGGACAGAGAUGACAGUCAAGAAAAAGGAGAGAGAGAGGAGAUAACGAGUUGUGAUCCACCCUCUGUUGACUGCAUCCUGUCAACUGGUAUGAAAUGCCUUUCUUAUAGCAUGUGACAUCUAAUCUAGAAUGAAAGUUAGCUUAUCUUUAAUCCUCUAGAGUCUACUAAACUAUCAUAUGGCAUUGUUUUAAGAUGGUCAUACCAAGGAUCAUUUAGAUAUUUGAGUUAGAAUUUUAGGACCCCUUUAGGUGUAUAUAUACAAAAAUAUUGAUGAAAUAUUGAAUUUGGCCUUACUGCUAUUAGCUCAUAGAAACGCAUUGAAUAACAGAUUCAUAUAUGGAAAAACAGAAGGAAGUUUGUUUUGAAGAGUCUGGCCUAUAACUGACAGACACUUUUCACCACAGAUGCGGAAGGCCUAUAUCGGCGGAUGCAGUGAAUUGAGACGCAGCCCAUGCAAAAAACAGAUAUCUCUAGCUUAAACAGACCGAUUUUUAUGGGGAUUGUUUAAUUAUGCUAGUUGGAUUUCUGCGGGGCUGCGGAAAUUGACUGAAGAGGUUUAAUGUCAAUGUAGCUGAUUGUGAAAUGCCUCCACACAGCAAGUAGGGAGAUCUGCAGUGUUUGUGAUUCUUUUACUGAGUUGAUUAUUGUCUGAUUUUCAGGUUCUUCUUAUCACACUCCUGCCCUGCCCUCUGACAAUCACACAGUUCCUGAGCCUGCUGGACCAGUGGGAGGAGACAAAAACACCAAUGUGACUUUAGAGGAGCCUACAAAUCCACCUACAUCAGAAUCUAUGGGAGAGAAGGGACUACAAGCAGCUCCUGACCAGGAUCUAGAACCGGCUCCUGUUCUGGUAAAAGAGGAAGAGACUGAUGCGUGCAGUAAGACAGAAUAUCAGAACUGUUCAGGUGGUCAACCAGAGACUGUCCCAGAAGAGGUUUCAGCUGAGAAUGGGCAGGACGACUCAGGGGAGUUUAUGGUCACUAUGUUGGCCAGAGGUAAACUGGAGGAGCAAGGUGUGGGAGUGAAGAGGCGUUCCUCUCCACUGUCAGAGACUGGCGCCCCAGAGGCCCCCCCAUCCCACCGUGAUGAAGACGUGACGGCGGAGAGCUGGAGGCAGCACAGGAAGCAUGUGUUUAUCCUGAGUGAAGCAGGGAAGCCCAUUUACUCCCGCUAUGGCAGUGAAGAGGCACUGUCGUCCACCAUGGGAGUCAUGAUGGCACUGGUGUCCUUUGUCCAGAGUAGUGACAACAUGAUCCGCUCUGUCUACUCAGGUGAGAUUUUCUAGAAUUUCCUUACGUUCAUGACUAUGACAAUAACUGUUACUGAAGGUGUAAUUAACAGUUCACUAUAGGUGUUUAUUCAUCAUCCUUUGCUCCCCGUGUACAGCUUUACAUCAGGUUUCUUCAGUGUCUGUUCUCUCUACCCCCUCCCCCUCAGAUGGGCACACGGUGGUGUUCAUGCAGAAGGGUCCUCUGGUGCUGGUGUCUGUGUCGAGCAGCCGUCAGUCAGAGCAGCAGCUGCGUGGUGAGCUGCUCUACGUCUACUACCAGAUCAUCAGCAUGCUCACCCAGGCCAGCAUCGCACGCAUCUUCGAACACAAGAAGAACUAUGACCUGCGGCGACUACUGGUCGGCUCCGAAAAGAUCCUAGACGGCCUCCUCAACCUGGUGGACUCGGACCCCAGCUUCCUGCUGGCAGCGGUGCACUGCCUGCCACUGGCCUCCUCUCUCAGGGACUCUCUCAGCCAGAUCCUGCAGAAGGCCAUCACCACCAACCUGGUCUUCUCAAUCCUCAUCGCCAAGAACCAGCUGCUCACCAUCGUCCAGGAGAAGACGGUGAUCGAGGACGCCAGGCUGGAGCCUGCUGACGUCCACCUCCUACUCAACCUCAUUGGGGCCUCCUCUGCCUUCCAGGCCGGAGAGAUCUGGACUCCCAUCUGCCUGCCUCUCUUUAACCCUGACUGUUACUUCUAUGCCUACAUCUCCUACCUGGACCCUCCAGAAUGCACUGUGUGUCUGCUGCUGCUCUCUACGGAUAAGGAGGCCUUUUAUGCGGUGGCAGAGUGUAAGAGGAGGAUAGAGGAGGCCAUGCUGGCUCAGAGCUCCCUGAGCCUCAUAGCCAAGGCCCACUCCUACAGUGUGAGCCAGGUGGGCGUCUCAGACCUCAGGCACUUCAUGUACAAGCCCUUUGAUGUGCCAGACAACCACAAGCAGCUCACCCAGUUCACCAGGUAGGUGGUAUCUAUUCUGUUGUGCUUUUGUAACCUUUACCCAGUGAAUGGUUAUGAAUGAUUCACAUCGGUCUAUUUCAUUUAACUUCUUUUUUUAAUGUACUUUUUGGACUAAAUAUACUCUGGAUAGUGGUUCUGCAGUGUGUUUAAUGUGCAGAAAGAUUAGCCUACAAACAUAAUUACUUAAAAAAGGAAUGUCAAAGGUAAACGUAAAAAAACAUGUGCCUCAGGUCAGAUCACAUGCAUCCUCCAGUAGGCCUGUUGCUUAUGAUUACCAUGGUAAUAUUAUGGAAUCAUAGAAAUUGAAAGUGCAUGAUAUCCAUGAUGAUACUAAUAAGAUUGUAGCAUUCUCACUGUAAGAAAAAGUAUGCCUUCAAGUAUUUCUUAUUUAUCUUGAUUGGUAGCUUUGGGUUUCUUAUUAGAUGAGUUGUACCAGGGAACACAACCUUGCAAAAUCUUGUACAUCUGGGGAAAUAAAUAUUCACCAUGCAAUGCUGCGUCACAGAAAGGCUAACAUUUCAGUCUAACUUACAUUAGAGCAUGAUCAAAGUUGGAGAAGCAAACACGUUUAUUUUGCUAAACACAUUAUUGUUUGGCGAUUCCCCUUUGAUGUACAGUGCAUUCGGAAAGUAUUCAGACCCCUUGACUUUUUCCACAAUUUGUUACGUUACAGCCUUAUUCUAAAAUGUAUUACAUUGUUUUUGUCCCCUCAUCAAUCUACACACAAUAGCCACAUUAAAAUUUGUAAUAAAAACUGAAAUAUCACAUUUUACAUAAGUAUUCAGACCCUUUACUCAGUACUUUGUUGAAGCACCUUUGGCAGCGAUUACAGCCUUGAGUCUUCUUGGGUAUGACGCUACAAGCUUGGCACACCUGUAUUUGGGGAGUUUCUCCUGUUCUUCUCUGCAGAUCCUCUCAAGUUCUUUCAGGUUGGAUGGGGAGCCUCGCUGCACAGCUAUUUUCGGGUCUCUCCAGAGAUGUUAGAUUGGGUUCAAGUCCGGACUCUGGCUGGGCCACUCAAGGACAUUCAGAGACUUGUCCCGAAGCCACUCCUCUGUUGUCUUGGCUGUGUGCUUAGGGUCGUUGUCCUGUUGGAAGGUGAACCUUCGCCCCAGUCUGAGGUCCCGAGCGCUCUGGAGCAGGUUUUCAUCAAGGAUCUCUCUGUAUUUUUGCUCUGUCCAUCUUUCCCUCGAUCCUGACUGGUCUACCAUUCCCUGCCGCUGAAACACAUCCCCACAGCAUGAUGCUGCCACCACCAUGCUUCACCGAAGGGAUGGUUCCAGGUUACCUGCAAAGUGACGCUUGGCAUUCAGGCCAAAGAGUUCAUUCUUGGUUUCAUCAGACCAGAGAAUCUUGUUUCUCAUGGUCUGCGAGUCCUUUAGGUGCCUUUUGGCAAACUACAAGCGUGCUGUCAUGUGCCUUUUACUGAGGAGUGGUUUGUCUGGCCACUCUACCACCAAGUCCCUUCUCCCCCGAUUGCUCAGUUUGGCUGGGCGGCCAGCUCUAGGAAGGGCCUUGGUUGGUUCCAAACUUCUUCCAUGUAAGAAUGAUGAAGGCCACCAUGUUCUUGCGGACCUUCAAUGCUGCAGAAUUGUUUUGGUACCAUUCCCCAGAUCUGUGCCUUGACACAAUCCUGUCUCGGCGCUCUACGGACAAUUCCUUUGACCUCAUGGCUUGGUUUUUGCUCUGACAUUCACUGUCAACUGUGGGACCUUUUAUAUAGACAGGUGUGUGCCUUUCCAAAUCAUGUCCAAUCAAUUGAAUUUACCACAGGUGGACUCCAAGUUGUAGAAACAUCUCAAGGAUGAUCAAUGGAAACAGGAUGCACCUGAGCUCAAUUUCGAGUCUCAGAGCAAAGGGUCUGAAUACUUAUGUAAAUAAGGUAUUUCCGUGCAAACAUUUCUAACAACCUGUUUUCACUUUGUCAUUAUGGGGUAUUGUGUGUAGAUUGAUGAGGAAUUUUUAUUUAUUUAAUCCAUUUUAGAAUAAGGCUGUAACGUAACAAUGUGGAAAAAGUCUGAAUACUUUCCGAAUGCACUGUAUACCAUUGGCCGAUAUGCACUGCAUAAUGUCUGAGGUCUUGCUCUGUCCUUGUUUAAAACAUUUCAUGCGCUGUUGAUUUCAGCCCAGAGAUGGAUGGCUCCCUACAGCACAGAGGAGGAGAGGAUGAGGCUGCUGGACCUGUACCGCUACAUGCACGGUCGCAUCCACAGCUCCUCCCGGCCCCUCAAGCUCAUCUACCACGUAGCAGAGAGGGAAACCCUGCUGGCCUGGGUAUGUCACUCCCACAUGGUUUUACACGUGGAAGUGUUACUAUGGGCAGCUCUCUGUACUGGAGGCUGUUUUAGUCUGGAGUCUUGGUCUCACUGACCUGCAUUCUGAUGUAGAUCUGAAGUUCAAGGGUUUACAUUGUAGUAUGUGAGCUAUUUUGGAUUGUUGCUAGCAUUCAUGUUACAUACUUUUCAGCUCAAUGGAACAUACUUUGUAAAUUACUGUUAUUUGAAACUGUUGAAAUGGAUCUGCUAAGUCAACUUAUUGAAUCUCUGUCCUUUACUCUAUAGGUCACAAGUAAAUUUGAAUUGUACACCUGCUUCAGCCCCUUGGUGACUAAGGCCUGUGCCAUUAACGCCAUAACCAAGCUUCUACGGUGGAUCAAGAAGGAGGAGGACCGUCUCUUUAUCCGAUACCCACCCAAGUAUUCAACCACCCCUAACCCCAGCAAAAGCUCCCGAAGGUCUGACCAGCAGGACUCAACAGAUAAUGGCUUCAUGUCUCUCCUAUAG